AUGCACGGUGAGACAACGACCGGGUCCGCUGUUCGUAGUCAGUGUUCGAGUCAUCACAGUGGCACAGAUUCCGCUGCUUGUAGCACUGAACAUGGUGAAUUCACAGAACAGAGGGGUGUGGCCAUGGAACAGGAUGAUGACAUGCACGCCAUGUUGCGUGACGCAUUCGGCAUGUACGAUGUUGCUGAAGCCGUCAGUACGAAUCCCCAACAAGUUGACGAAAGAACUUCUUGCGGGGACGCAUUGAAACUCGCGCGGUUACAAGCUUAUCUAAAAUUACAAAACUCGGUGUUCCUUCCUUGCGAGUGCAUCAGAAAUUUGAUCAUGAAAAGCUUGCUUGAUCAAGAUCUAGAGCACCCACAUCCUCACACUUCAGACCAUUCACCAACUUGCGGCCAAUCAAAAGAUGAUCAAGAAAUGGGCUCUAAUAUUUCCACUUCAAAGAGUGAUGUCUUGAAGAACUCAGCCUUUGGCUGCUUUCCACAAGGAAUGGAUCUGAAUCUUGUACGCGUGGUUUUAGCAGAACUGGUGGGCACUUUCAUUUUGAUGUUUUCUGUGUGCGGGAUCAUAGCAUGCACCCAGCUGAGUAAAGGCGAAGUGGGUCUUCUGGAGUAUGCAGCCACAGCAGGAUUGACAGUGGUUGUUGUCAUUUUCACUAUAGGGCAUAUCUCUUGUGCGCAUGUUAAUCCUGCUGUCACAGCAGCAUUUGCAACCUUUGGUCAUUUUCCGUGGUCCAAGGUUCCGCUUUACAUAUUGGCACAAACAUUGGGUUCCGUGUUGGCGACAUGUAUCGGACAGUCUGUCUACAAUGUCAAAGCGGAAUUUAUGACCACGCGGCCACUCCACAGCUGCAGCUCUGCCUUCUGGGUUGAGCUUAUUGCAACUUUUAUCAUCAUGUUUGUAGCUGCUUCAGUGACCUACCAACAUCAAUCUGUAGGCCAUUUGUCAGGCUUCGUUGUUGGCAUAGCCAUUUCACUAGCUGUGCUGAUCACAGGGCCUGUUUCAGGAGGAUCAAUGAAUCCUGCAAGAUCAUUAGGGCCUGCAAUCAUUUCAGGCAAAUACAAUGACAUAUGGAUAUAUAUGACAGCCCCAACCAUUGGAGCCGUGGCAGGUUCUCUUCUCUUUCGAGUUCUUCGUCUUCAACAACCCCGCCCAUGUAAUCCCACUUCCUAA